UCUCUCUGUCUCUCCACGCCCCUCAUAUUUCAUCCCAGUCCCCCCAUAGGUUCGAUGCAAAGGUAACAGAAAGACUGGGGGCUCUAUAAAGAUCCACUUUUUUCACGCGGUCUCUCUCUCUGCUCGUUUCAUUUCUUCGGUGUUUCUUCUUUCUAUCAGCACACGUCAAAAUGCCCAGCAAGAGGAAGAAGAACAAGCGUCGCAUGAGGAGGGUGCAGGCCCAGAGGAGAGCCCUUGAAGAGCAGCAUGCAGCCAAUCCUCAAGUCAAAUCGAGUCCCGGGAUCGCAGUGAGUGCGCCACCUGCAGCAACUCCAAAGAAAGCGGCUAAAGCUCGAGCACCAGCUCCAGCAACAGCUCCAGUAAAGAUCCCAGUACCAGCUCCGGUAAAGAUCCCAGCUCCAGUAAAGAUCCCAGCUCCAGUAAAGAUCCCAGCUCCAGUAAAGAUCCCAGCACCAGUAAAGAUCCCAGCACCAGUAAAGAUCCCAGAACCAGCUCCAGCACCAGUUCCAGUAAAGAUCCCAGCACUAGUUCCAGCACCAAGUCCAGUAAAGAUCCCAGAGGCGAUUCCCAUUGCUGUGCCCAUUGUGGAGACCCCCAUCGUGGAAACCCCUAUCGUGAAGACCCCCAUCGUGGAGACCGUUGAGACCCCCAUCGUGGAAACCCCUAUCGUGAAGACCCCCAUCGUGGAGACCGUUGAGACCCCCAUCGUGGAAACCCCUAUCGUGAAGACCCCCAUCGUGGAGACCGUUGAGACCCCCAUCGUGGAAACCCCUAUCGUGAAGACCCCCAUUGUGGAGACCCCCAUCGUUGAGACCCCCAUCGUGGAGACCCCCACCGUGGAGACCCCCAUCGUGGAGACCCCCAUCGUUGAGACCCUCACCGUGGAGAUCCCCAUUAUAGAACCAGAACCAGUUGUGCAAGAACCUGUCGCAGAGCCCGUCCCAGUCGAGGUAGCAGCACCAGAGCCUAAGGCUGUGGUGUUGGAGCAUAUUCCAGCAGAAGUUAAGGUUGAAGUCGCAGUCCCGGUCUCUGAAGAAGAACCAGUCAUUGAGACUCCACCAGAGGAGCCCUCUAUAGCUGAAGCUGCGAUAGUACAAGAGGCAGAACCUAUCAUUCCUGAAACAGAACCAGUAACAGAGGUCAUACCCCAAGCCGAGGCUCCAGUUGCAGCCCCCCCUGUUGAGACUGAGAUUCAGACAGAGGAGACUAUAAUCGUAACCACAGCGACUGAACAGACGCAUGUCUGCGAGCCAGAAACUGAAGUGAAGGCUGAGGCCUUGGCGGAGGAAGAAGCAGUCGUCGACACAGAGGUGGAAGUAGCCGUCACAGACGAUAUCACCGUACCAGAGCCUGUAACCGAAGCGGAGGAAGAAGCAGUCGUCAACGCAGAGGUGGAAGUAGCCGUCACAGACGAUAUCACCGUACCAGAGCCUGUAACCGAAGCGGAGGAAGAAGCAGUCGUCAACGCAGAGGUGGAAGUAGCCGUCACAGACGAUAUCACCGUACCAGAGCCUGUAACCGAAGCGGCUGAAGAACCAGCGAUAGAAGCGCUUACAAUUGACCUAGUUUGUGCUGAAGCAGAACCCGCUGCAGAGGAGGUGGUUACAGAAACAGUGGUGGAAUCAGUGGAGGAGGUUGUUGCAGAGAAAACUGAGCCAGAACAGGUGACUGAAGCUGUCGUCAGUCCUGUAGUCCGAGCUGAGGGUGAAGACAUCGAAGCUGAAAUAGAAGUAUUGGCUGAAGAAGAUGCACCUGAAAUCCCUGCUGAGCCCGUUACAUUCACAGAGGAUGCUCCUGUCCAAUCUAUGGAAAUCCCAGUGGUGCCAGAGACCGUCCCUGAAGCUCCGGUAGAAGAGGCUGAAGCCCCCGUAACUGAAGUCCAAGAGACUUCUGACACCAAGGUCAUUGCUGACAGCCUGGUUGAUGACUUUGUUGUCACAGAAUCUGUCUCAGCAGUGGAGGUUGCCAUUGCUGAGUCUGCUGCUGUCCAGCCGGAAAUUGUGGAAGUGAGUGACACCUUCAACACCCUAUCAGAAUCAAUGGAUGUGACACCUGCUGCUGUCCUUGCUCCUGCAGAGGAAAUGGUCAUUGACACCACUGCUAAGCAGACAUGUAUGGAUGUGCUGUCAGAAGAGCCUAAGCCAGAAACCUGUGACAUGCCAUGUCAGAUGCAGCUCGCUGUGGAGUCUGUGCAGCUCAGCUCAAUGGAGAUGUCAGUGGAGCCAUCGCUGAAUGGACACAUUGUUCCAGAGGUUUCCAUUGAGGGCUAGAUACACAUCUCAUAGCUUGGAAGACCUUUUUUUUGUCUUUAUUCCCCUUUGGCCAUAUGGAGGACUCAGUGACCUUGUUCACUUUAAAAGGGCUUACACCAGGAAAUUGAAGCGACAUCCACACUUUGAAGUGCCUUUCUGGGCCUGCUUCCUGUCAAAACACCAAACCAGAUGCCAACAUCCCGAAACCUGCUGCAUUCAAGGCGGCAGAACAGACUGUUGUCAUAAGUGUGCACAAUUGAGAGAUGGAGAUUCCUAAAACAAGAUAAAUGGCAGUGCCUGAUUUUUGCUUUUUUAGCAUGUUCAUCUCUCCAGCACAUCUGCUUCCAUACUGCAUACACUCAAUGCAUGUGAAAACUGUAGCGUCGAUGAAUGUUGCUAUAGUUGUACUUGGGCCUAUGUUCAUAUGAGUGGGAGGGACAACUUGUUCUGUUGUCUUUUUUGUUUCACAUUUCAAAGGCUCUUUUUUUACCCUUAAAGACAACACAUCUACAAAGUUCUCCCUUGCCUCCAUUUCUGUCCCCUUCUCUGUGUUCCAGUUCUCCCUUCUGCCUCAACUAAGUGCCAAAGCUAUGGUUAGUGUGAUCCUAAAACACAUCCUAAAGCUAUAGGUUUAGGUUUUAUGGCCACUGGAAAAUGACAGAGUCUGAGGGUACGAGCUGAGGGGUCUUUUUUUUCACUUUUUUAAUUCAUUUUGUAUAGACCAUAUGAUGUGCUACAGUUUUGUGUUCAAAGUCUGUGCUCUGGAGGGGAAAUGUAAUGUGAUCUAGUGAUAAGCAUCAUGAGCUGACUUGGUCCACCUUUGAAAUAAAGCUGUAACUCAUCAUGA